AUGCAAAGUCGUAGUCGCCUCCUACUCCAAGCCAUCCCUUCGCUGCGUGUCCAACGCCUUCCAACAAAAUUUACCCCACUUCUGCGUACAGUUUCGUCGGACGCGUCGAAGCAGACAGCGCGUAACUGGCGCGACUCGCGUGGUCCGCGACGUCACCCUGAGCAACGUUCGGUGAGCCCAUGGAUCUCGUUAUUCAGGGAAACGAGUGGUCCGUCAUGCACAUUGUCCUAUGCAGAAAAGCAAGCUCGGUGGAAUGAGAAGUUUCCGGUGAAAAGAAAUCCUUCAAAAGAUGUCUUUUUCAAGAAUCUACCUCCAUUUGUCGCCACCGCUUCGAUUCUAAGCACCUUCCCCGCCAUCCAAACUAUCACCUAUCGCACAUAUGAUGAUCAUACAUGUGCCGUACGUUUCGGUUCAGUCGAGGAGGCCCAAGCAGCGGUCGAAGCGGUCAAUUCUGCGGAUGAAUUUCCCUUCCUGGUCCCUCAACCCCUCGAAUACGACCCUCAGGUGAAGUUUCUUGGACCAGUUCGCGCAAAUUAUGUAGAAUCGUCCGCAAUGGAACCGACGAACACCAAAUUAUUUGUUUCUCACUAUCAAGGCACUGAGCAAGCUCUCAAGGAGAAACUAGGACCGUACAUCCCUGCCGACCACACUCUGCAGAUUCGAUAUGGCCCGAGAGGUCAAAUAUGGAUAGACAUGGGAUCCAUCGACGCAGUGAAGGAAGCUUGCAAGGGUCUCUCUGACGCAUCAUAUACUUGCGAAUUCUCACUCCUCGUCGCCCCUAGCAAGCCAUCUAAGCAGGAGGAUUCGGUCACUCCAAUCUAG